AUGCUCCUUAUCACCAGCCAUGACCCCACUGUCGCGAUAGCUUCUGCAAUCUGCCGACAGCAACCGUCGACAACUUAUGCAAUCUACCAACAGCAAUCGUCGACGUCUACCAACAACAUCUUCCCACAUGUGUCAACAGCUUUCGAGGCUUGCCGCCGAGACUCCUUCCGACACAUGCCAUGCACUGAUGCACAUUAG